AUGGCCGACGAGCCAUCGUCACGAGCUGCCUCAGCGCCGGCGCCGCACUACGCUCUCCCCAGCCUCUGCGCCGAGCUGCCCGAGUACACCAACGCCGAGGCCGACGCGAUCGCCCAGGCGUUCCGAUCCGGCAACUUUUGCUCCCUCAAGGACAUACCGAAUCGCCUCGGCUGCGGCAGCGUCGCGCGCCACCGCUUUCGCAAGGUCCUGAAGAGCCGCGAGCCGGUUGCAGCGUGCGGCUCGUACUCGAGGCGAUCGGCGUUUUCAGAGUUUGAGUACAUUCCCUCGCCCUACUCGAUGGCCGAGAGCAUCCGCCGUCAGGAGCGGCUGCACCACGAGUCACAGGCGGAGCGGUUUGGUGGCGGUGCGUGGCGCGCGGCCGGCUCCGCCUGCCCGCUGAGGCACGAGGCCUUUGGGAGAGCCGACGGCUUUAGCGUAUACCAGAGCGAGCCGGACCCGUUUGGCGCCGCGGAGGACCAGGCUCUGAGGCAAAAGUGGCUGCAGGACGCCGCAAUCCUCGCGGGGCCGUUUCGCCCCGCGGGGCGCAACAAGGGGCGUGCCGGAGAGUCGUCGAGCGAGCUGCCGUCGGGCAGCAUGCUGCCCGAGAUGGUGCAGCAGAUCCACAGGCAGCUGCAGGCCGACUGGUCGCUGCCGUUCGUCGUGUGCUCGACGGAGGACGAGCACAUCGUGAUUCGGGUCGAGCUCUCGGCGCUCGAUGCGGCGCCCGGGCUCGUCGCCUACAUGAACGCCUUUGCGCGCUCCAACCACUUCGUCAACGCGUACCGGCUGAGACGCACCGUCGAGGACUGGAACGUGACGCCCGGCGACGGGCACCUCUACUUCACGCUGCGGCCGCCGUGGGUGCGAUCGACCUCCACGGAGACCUUCUACUCGCUGCACCCGGAGCAACGCGCUUGGGGGCCACGACGCCAGGUGGCAGCGAGCGGGGCGCGGGGCGACACAUCAAGCAUCUCUCUCUCAACAACAAGUGGCAGAGGUGAGGAGCUGCCGCUGGGAACCUAA